AAUGUCCAAAAUGUCCAUUUGUUUUAUUCUUUUAGCUGUUUUGGUUUCCUCAAGUUUCAUCGAUGGCUGGAAGAUAAACCAAUCUUUUAAGGGAACAUUCACCUAUUAUAACAAUGUUGGGAUUGGUGCUUGUGGCAAACAAAUAGAUCCAACAAAACAGAUGUUAGUGGCUAUUAGCAAAAGUCAAUGGACAACAGUCAAUCCAAAUGCUGAUCCGUUAUGUAAUAAUAUUUGUGUAAAAGUGGAUUAUAAAGGCAAAAGUAUUACCGUGCCCGUCAUGGACAAAUGCCCGGGUUGUAAUUCAACGCACAUUGAUCUAUCAGAACCAGCGUUUAAAAAGCUUGCUGAUUUGGGAAAAGGACAUUUAGGUGGUGCAACUAUAACAUAUAUUAAAUGCAAAAAAUGA